UUUUUUCCAGAAGCUUCUUGCUGUCUGGUGAGCUUUUGGGGGAGACUUUGUGAAAGUUGGGGGACGCCGCCGGGACGAGGCUCUGCCCUGUCACCUCCUUCCCCUUCCCGUGCAGCCCUGGAAGGCAGGAGCCGCGGCAUGGCUGAGGGGUGGCCCGACAACAGCGGGAAGGGCAGGAAGAGUCACUCGGCUGGGCUGGACAACAGCCUGACCAGCCUCACGUGGCUGACGAACUUCUCUGUCAAGGACACCAACAUGGCCAGGCCCCCGUGGAUCCCGGACCCCCUCGAGCGUCACAGGACCCCCAGCUUUGCUGCCCCCUGCUCCCCCCUGGCUGCUGACCCGGCGUGCAUGGGGGUGCCCCACACUCCCUGCAACCCCAUCUCCUCUUCCACCCCGAGGGUGGUGCAGCACACCGUGCCCACCUGCCCUCAGCUGCCAGAGGACGUGGACUACAAGACCAACCCGCACGUCAAGCCACCGUACUCCUAUGCCACCCUCAUCUGCAUGGCAAUGGAAGCCAGUGGGAAGCCCAAAAUCACCCUCUCAGCCAUCUACAAGUGGAUUACAGACAACUUCUGCUACUUCCGACACGCCGAUCCCACCUGGCAGAACUCCAUCAGGCACAACCUUUCCUUGAACAAGUGCUUCAUCAAGGUGCCCCGGGAGAAGGAUGAGCCUGGGAAAGGAGGCUUUUGGAAGAUUGAUCCCCUCUAUGCUGACCAGCUCAAGAAAGGUGCCUUCAAAAAGCGGAGGUUGUCCCCGGCGCAGAUCCACCCGGCCUUCACAAGAAGAGCCCAGCAAGAACCACGCUGUGAUGCCAGCCCAGCUGCUCCAGUUUGCACCCCCACCAACAUCUUCAAUGUCAACACAGAGUCCCAGCAGCUGCUGAAGGAGUUUGAAGAAAUCACUGGCAGCCAGACCUGGAAUCCAGCUGAUGGCAAAGCAGGGCAGAAGCGCCAGCAGUUCUCACCCCACCGUCCGGCCAAGGUGGCUCGGCUUUCCAACUCUGCCUUGCUGAGCCAGGAAGUGCAAAAGGAGCUGGGAUCCUUGAAAGGUGACUUGGACUGGGAAGCCAUCUUUGACACCAACCUGGAUGCAGACUUGUCGACUUUUGGGGAUCUGGACCUUCUGCCUCCAAUCAGCCCCAUCACGCACGACCUGGAGCUGACGGUCCACGGGCAGCACAGUGAGGGUCUCCAGGAGCAGGUCCUCACUGAAGCCAACCAGAACACCCUAGGCUUUGAUGAAACCUUCAUGGCCACUGCUUUUCUGCAGAAUCCUUGGGAUGAAGGGACAAACGAUGGCCUCACCAACACUGUCAACAUGGAGCAGGUGUUUGAAUUCAAUGAUGCCCCUUUGCCAGAGGACAUGAAGGACUGGAGCAGUUUAGCAUCUCUCUUGUAAGAGACCUGUCACCCAUUCCAAGCCCACACAGGCUUCAGUAGGAUACUCCCCCAUGAUGCUGGGACUUAAAAGGGACAAGAGUUUCUUGAGACAGAGACAUCCACAGUAACUUUUGCCAGCUUCAUCGUGAGACCAUUCACAGGAACACCAGAGGGAGAAAGAAACACCACUACAGGGACUGCUGAAUAUCUCUUCAAAGGACACAUCAGAAGUCUCUACUCCAUGAGUUUCCUCAAGAGCAGAAAUACAGCACUACUUAUUUUUUUAAUUUUAAAGGAAGAAAUGUGAAUUUUCUUUUUUUUGUUUUUUCCCCCCAUGCAAAUGGACAUGGCAAAUGUUCCUUCAGGGCUAAAGGACAGCACCUGUUAAAUCCCACCCAAGAGAUGAGAUUCCUGGUGGUUUAGGACUCUAUAGACUAAGUGCAAUUUCCUCAUCCCUUUGUCUCUCCAUUUCUCUUUCCUUUUUUUGUCUAGAGUAGCUGGUAGGUAGAGUGUGAUAAUGAGCUGGUAGGUAAAUAGAAGUCCCUUCUGGAUUCUCUGAGUUCAACCUCCCUCCUGACUUCUGCCUAAGGAAAAAGCAAAGGUCUAUAAAUUCAGCAAGUCUGCCUCUUUAGAU